AUACUUGCUGUAAGGCAGACGUCCGCUAUAGCGCUUCCUUAUGGGGCUGAAUGGUCGUUAUAACAUCGCUGCAAAAGCAGAAGCGCGACGGAUGUGGGGAGCAUCACAAGCAUAGAGUUGGCACACCAAGGGUGCUGUACCAUCUGCAAGGCCCACGGAGCCCAAACUAUGAACCCAGAGGAGCAGGCUGUUACGUGGCUAAUAACGUUAGGCGUGCUAAAUUCUCCUAAAAAGACUAUCGCUGAUCCCGAGGAGUUUUUGAAGGCAUCUUUAAAAGAUGGGGUUGUGUUGUGUAAGCUUGUGGAGCGGUUGCUACCUGGAUCCAUCGUAAAGUACUGUCCAGAUCCCCGAUGCGAAGCGGAUUGCAUUGCAAAUAUUCGGGAGUUUCUUAAAGGAUGCAACUCCUUCAAGGUUGAGGGCUUUGAACCAGAGUGCUUAUAUACUGGGGAGAACUUUGGGAAAGUUUUAUCGACACUCUCAGCAAUAAACAUCGCGACCCAAGACUGCGUCCCUAAUAGAUCAUGUCCACGGCACAGUGUUUCUGCUCCUAGCCUGUCAACCUCUUCACAAGCUGUUCCCUCCUCACAGUCUAUCAGGCACCUGCGGAGGCAAUCAAAAGCUGUGGAAAUGUCGGAGAAUGGCGGUGGUGGGCAGCUGGUCGUAAAGGCACGCUUCAAUUUUAAGCAGAACAAUGAAGACGAGUUGUCUUUUAGCAAGGGUGAACUCAUUCAUGUGACACGCCAGGAGGAAGGUGGAUGGUGGGAGGGAACCCUUAACAGCAGGACCGGCUGGUUCCCUAGCAACUAUGUGCGAGAGGUCAAGGCGUGUGACAAACCAACAUCUCCGAAGGCAAUUAAAGGAUUUGAUGUCCCUCAGCUAACUAAAAAUUAUUAUAACGUGGUUGUGCAAGACAUUUUGGAGCAUGAGAGAGAGUUUGUCAAAGAACUGCAAACGUUACUUGGCUGCUACUUGCGCCCACUACAGGCUAGCGACAAGCUGUCUAAUACGGACUGUUCCAGCCUGAAUGGGAAUUUGGAAGACAUACUUUCUUUUCAACAGGGCCUGUGUCUUGCCUUAGAAGAGUGCUCCAAGAUGCCAGAAGGCCAGCAGCGGAUUGGAGGCUGUUACCUAAACCUGAUGUGUCAGAUCAGAACACUCUACUUGUCCUAUUGCUCCAGUCACCCCUCUGCAGUUUGUGUGCUGACUGAUCACAGUGAGGAUCUGGACAAGUUCAUGGAAAGUCAGGGUGCUACUGCUCCUGGUAUCUUGACACUGACCACCAGCCUUAGCAAGCCCUUCAUGAGGUUGGACAAAUACCCCACCCUACUGCAGGAGCUUGAGAGACACGUGGAGGAAGCCCACCCGGAUUACAGCGACAUUCUGAAAGCAACCAGCGUUUUUAAAAAUCUUGUGACUCAGUGCCAAGAUCUGCGAAAAAGAAAGAACCUGGAGUUGCAGAUCUUGUCGGAGCCAGUGCGGGGCUGGGAGGGCGAGAGCAUAAAGUCUCUGGGUCAGGUGGUCUACAUGUCACAGGUUCACAUGCAAAGCAGCUCUAGCGAGGAUAAAGAAGAGAAGUACCUGAUGUUGUUUCCAAAUGUGGUAGUGAUGUUAUCUGCCAGCCCAAGAAUGAGUGGUUUUAUCUACCAGGGACGGUUACCUUUGACAGGAACCACUGUAACCAAACAGCCCGAAGAUGCAGAAACAAGCUAUUAUGCCUUUGAGAUAACAGGAGGAACGUUAGAUCGUGUUAUAGUGUUUUGCAGCAGUUCACAGGAGCUGCAGGAGUGGUUAGAACAUCUUCAUGCUUACUCUAAGGAGGGAAGCCCAGUUCUAUUGAAGAACGUUGAGGGUAAGUCUACAACCACGUCUGGUACAGCAUCCCACCACUUGCACGGUUUCGGUGCUCCUGUGGCUAACCGAGGCCCGCUCGAACCCCCCAAGAUCACCAAGCCAUGGUCCUUAAGCUGCCUGAGGCCCGCGCCCCCCCUCAAACCUUCCGCUGCUCUGGGUUAUAAAGAGAGGAUGUCUUAUAUCCUGAAGGACACAAGCAAAAGCCCCAGACCCAUCAAAAAGUUUCUUCCCAAGAGAAAAACGGAGAGAAAACCGUCAGAUGAUGAGUUCCUGCUUAGAAAAAGCACGGCUGCUCUGGAAGAAGAUGCCCAGAUACUAAAAGUGAUUGAGGCUUACUGUACUGGAGCCUCACCAGGUCUUCACCAGUCCACCACAGCUGUUCGUAAAGAAAGUGUCCCCCAAGUCUUGCUACCAGAAGAAGAGAAGAUUAUUGUUGAGGAGAUGAAGAGCAAUGGCCAGACGGUGAUUGAAGAGAAAAGUCUUGUUGAUGCAGUUUAUGCUCUAAAAGAUGAAGUCCAUGAAUUAAAAAAGGAGAGUAAAUGGAUAAAGCAAAGUCUGGAAGAAGAACAGAAGUCCCGUAAAGAGUUGGAACGGGUGGUCAGGAAGUUGCUUAAGCUGAAGAAUGACUCUUCCUGGGAAGAAGCAGCAGCCCACUAAAAACACUGUGGACAUUCAGUGUUUUUUGCCAUUUAUGUGUUUUUUGUGUCUGUCUGUGUGUCCUGUAUCGUGUUUUUCAAAGCGGUCUACACUGAACGUCAUUUUUGGAAAAUCACCAAAUCUGGGAUUUUCUGCAAUUGCGCAAAAAUUUUUAGGACAGAGAUGCGAAUUGCAACCCUGUGAACCCUUAUUUGUGCCGCAGAAUUUCAUUUUUCCCCUCUGUGGAAAAUUAUCACUGUGCUGUUUCCUUACGCUCCUGUGAUGUGCUGGGUACAAGAGAAGAUGCAGCAUUCCGGAAAAAAGCUUGGAACACCUCAGGAAACUGAUGGAUUUCUCUCCUAAACUGCUCUUUUUUUAUUUCUCUUCCGGUUAACCGGCCGUCAUUCAACUCAUGCACCGUCUGCACAAAAGAAAAUAGGUCAUCGUGGAGCAAAUGAACAAAUAUCUGCCUCAUUUUAUGACUGUUACUGAUUUCAGUCAUGGAUUUAAUCUAUGUCAUCUACUAAAUCGGAAAAGUCAGUGAUGUUUUGCUCAUAAACAGCAUAUCAACUCAUGCCGCUAUUGUACAAAUGAGAUUAUUCUGUGGAUCACAUAGAAGUGAUGGAGGUGUUGGACUUCAUGGUCAUUGCAAAUGUUUGUGGGUCUAGGUGCACUGCAGAGCUCCAGUGAUGACAAGUAUUACACAAAUACAUCUUUCCCAUUUCUGCUUUUAUAAUGUGAAAUCGUUCUCGAGGAUCUUUUACAUUUUGAGAUAUAAAGAUGGCCUAGUUUAAAUUUUACCAUUUUUUUUUCAUCUACAUGCUUGUAAUCCACCAUUGGACUGUAGGUUUAGAUUGAAUGUUUUUAAAAAGUGUGCUACGCAAACGAUCCCUCGCAUCAGCAUUGCUUGUACAGUAUUUCUAAAACAGCCAUUAUAUUACAUAAUCGUGCUUUGAUAAUCAUUCUCAUACUAGUCUAAAGCUAUCAGGGAUAUAGUUGUCAAGUUUAUAAUACUAUACUAAUACGAUACAUCAUAUAAUGUCUGUAUAUCAUAUAUACUUGCAUACAGUAUAAAUAUGUAUAUAUCAUAGAUACUAUGACAACCAUAGAACAUUUUUAAGUAAAAAAAAAAACACUCAGAAAAAGGUACAAGAAGGUACAAAAGUUGUUUUUUGUGCCUAAAAGGUGCAUAUUGGUUCCUCAAAGUUACACAUCAGUACCUUAGAGGUGCAUGCUGGUACCUCAAAGGUACAUAUCUGUUCAAAAAUGGUACAUAUUCAGACCCAGUGACAACUUUUGUACCUUUAUUCUGAGAGUUUAAGAAAUGUCAGCCUCUUUUUACCGAGGUAUUUCAUACGUAUCUUGAACCAAAAAAAGAAAUUUAUUGCAGAUUUGGUUCUUAAAGGACAUCUCUGUUGAAAACACAACUAUAGGCACUGAUAUUUAUUCCUCCCUAUACAUAAUAGGCUCAUAGUAAAUAUAAAUGCAGGUAAAUCCCAUUUUUAGAUUUUAUAUGCAAACAGUAGCCACUGGAGGUGUAGUGUGAUCUAUGUACUCAUUUUCAUGUGUGGCAUGUCUUGCUUUGUUCUUGAAUUCUUGCCACAAUUCAUAACAGUCAUGUUCAGUAAAUGAGUAAUUACAAGGGUGAUUACACAAAUAACAUCAUGUUAGUAGGUGCUGAACCCCUUCAUCUAUUCAUUACGACACUGUAAUACAUAUGCUGUAGUCAUGCAGCUGUUUCCCAGUAACUUACUGUAGAUUUAAAUGUAUGUUAUUUCCAGGCAACAAUUUGUUCAAAGUUAAAUGAACAUUAAACAUUAACAAGUCUUUGUCUUUACAGAAUAAAAACACCCUCGUGCAAAGUAUUCUGGAAACCAGAAAUCCUCAUAAACCGUUUUCUGUUUAUUUCCUUCAGAUUUUGCUUCCCAGAAGGCUUUGCAUUAGAGCCCGACCGAUAAAGGAUUUUGAAGGCCGAUACUGAUACAAAUGGUUGUUUGUUUUAAAAUACGAUAUUCCGAUAUAUCGGCCGGGUUUUUUUUUUCAGAAACGCGCAAUAAAACAUUAACAGAUUUCCCUAACAUUAGUUAUUUAUGACUUUUAACUUAAAUAAUAUGAUAAUGCAUUUCAAAAAGAAACUUGUUUCUUUUAUUGUCACAACAAGAGGAACAUCAAAAUAUAUUAAAUUUCUGAUAAAUAAAAUGUAUAAAAAUACAAACUUAAGAUAUGAAACAUUAAGGCCUUUGAACAAAAACACAAAAACGACAACAACCAAAUCAAAGUUACCAGUUUUAAAAGACUUAUAUAUAUACUUAUAUAUAACUUUGAAAAGGACUGGAGACAAAUUCUUUUAAGUUCUGAUAAAUAACAACAACAGCAAAAUAUAAAUUGCUAUUCACUUGACUCAGGCAGUUGCUAGACGCCUAAAUUUGGACCCCACCAGCAGCUACUGCUUCAGAGCGCUCUAUCAAAAACACCAACAAUGAGGAAAUCUAAUGAAGGCUGUUUCGUCCGUUUUUUUUUUUUAUAUUUAUUUAUCGGCCAUUAUGAAUGCCGAUACCGAUAGUUUGGAAAAUGCCUAAUAUCGGCCGAUAUAUCGGUCGGGCUCUACUUUGCAUGAGUUUAAUGUUCAUUUAACUUUGAACAAACAUAAAUAAAAUAAAUUUAAAUCUACAGUAAGUUACUGUCAACCAGCUUCCAGUAAUACUGUAAUUUCUACAGAUAUUUUGUACACUGCAGUGUAACAUGUAUGUGACUAAUGCGUUUUAUCGCUGUGAAUUGGAGGAACAUAAGCAGUGCAUUUAAAGAGCCAUAUGGGAAGAGUUUGGUCCUUUUCAAACCCACCACCAGUGCUUAAUUUUGGAGCAUUGCUGGUGAAAAAGCAGCGAUUCGAUGCAAUAGAUGACUGUUGUUAUACUUACUGUGUGUUCAUAGCCGGUUCCUCUCUUGGAAGGAGUUGGUUAUACUGUAUAAUCGAAUUAGGCAAUAAGGUGUGCGCUAAAGUGCACGAUAUAAUGCUGUUACUGUGUUUAAAUCUGUUUGUGUAUGUGUGUGUGUCUAUUGGUUUUUCGAAUUGUUUUACAACAAUUAACCUUGCAUGCCAUGUAUUAGCCUUAAAUAUUGUUUCAAAGUGUUAACUCCAAUAGAUUGUAUUGUUAUUGUUAUUUUGGAAACUCCUGCGUUUUAAAAUCUGCCUUAUAGUGUGAAUAUAACCAUGUGUUCUUCCUGAUGGUCUGUGUAUUUGCGUGUGUUAUGUGGGAUGCGAUGGUUGAAAUGAUCAGUGGCUUGUGUGAUGAAUAUGCACAAUGCUAGUGCCACAUGGAAACGUGCAGUUCGCUCGACGUGACUGCUGAUCUCAACAAAAUCCACUGUGUUCAAAUGUCAUGAAUGUGUCAGGAAAAGAACUGAAUACCUGAUAUCUGUAGCACUUUCAGGAGAUCAAAAACGAUGGGUCAAGAACAUUCAUGUCUGGUUGCUCUUUUAAAGUGUCGGCAAGCAGAGCUGAUCUAUGCAAUAUGAAUGCUUAUAUAUAAUUUGUUUUUCUAAUGCUUGUGUUUUUAUUUUGCCCUCAUUUCAAUAAGGAAUUGUUAUAAUAAUAAAAUAACAUGAUAAGA